UGACAGCGUACGUAAGCUCCGCAAAAAAAAUCAAAUUAUGCCAUCUUGUGCUAUUAUAUCGUGUCGGAAAAGAAGCCAGGUGUGUAGUGUAGUACGAGAAGGGAUUUCUUUCCACCGGUUUCCAACAGAUCUAGGUAUAAGAAAACUGUGGAUUGAGACAACUGGUAGAAUUGAUUGGAUCCCUACUAAAUGUAGCACAAUUUGUUCGCAACAUUUCGAUGAUGAUAAUUACAUAACAACAAAGUCAGGGAAAAGAAACUUAAAAUCAGGCGUUUAUCCGCACAAAUAUAUCGUUAUGUGUUGUUCUUCAUCACUACCAUCUACUAGUGACACCGUAACAAAAGCUGCAUCUACCCCAGACAUAAUUCAGAGUGCAUCUAACGUAGAUGAAAAAACGUGUCAAAAUACGCCGACUGUAGAUGACAACAAACCAACUCCAUCUACACCACGAAGAGAUAAGUCCAUAAAACCACGAAUCAUUGAGCAACAGUUAUUAUCGCCUUCAAACGCAACUUCACCUAGAAAAAGAAAACUACAAAACAUCAUUAUCACUAAAGAACAUAUCAUUAAGAAGCAGAGAUUACAAAUAAAAAGAAUACAAGCCCAAAAUAGAAGAUUAAAACGCAAAAUUAAUAAAAUUGAAGACAUUUUAUUUGAAAGAUGAAGAUACGAAUAUUCUGAAAAAUAUUAAUGUACAGGUAUAACACUCUCUUACACUAUCCAUGUUCGUAUUUUGUAUGCCGUUGUCGAUCGUUUUCUUGCUUUCUUUCAAUAUUAAAAAGCGUUACUACUUUUUUGAUCGA